CUCUGGCUUUAAUGCCAUGAAAAAUUGCCUGAAAUAUUUCUGUCGUUUGACUUUUCAAUCAUUUCACAGGAAAAUUGGCAAAAUAAGUCAAAGAAAUUACUAAAUUGUGCCUAAAUUUAUUUUAUUUUGUUUUUUUGCAAAGAUUUCGCUUAAAAGACAAAAGCAAUUUUUGUACCAUAGUGCUGAUUAGAGUGCCGGGGGGAGAAAAUAUGUGGGAAGAAUUGGCCAGUUAUAAGAAUCAUUUUCUUCAACUUGAAGUGAAGCAUAUGAAAAAGGAAACAAUAAACAGUUUGGUGAACACCGAAUACCGGAAAGUGCAAUCAAAACGUUGUAGUUGUAAAUGUCCAUACGAUAACAAAUGUGAGAGCUCAACAUAUUUCCGAGAUCACGCGGCGUUGGCAUAUGGUUUUCAAUGUGUUGAGAAACUAGCACGUGACAUGUGUUGUGAUGAUCCGUUGCUCAAGUGGCAAAGUAUUAAUUCACUCUCCGAAGUCUUGCUCAAUCCAUGGCAAGCCCAAUUGGCGAUCACAAAGUUUGAUGUGUUCCGAAAAUGUAAGAAUAUGUUUAUGCGCAUACAGUAUGGUUUCCACAAGGAGUACUAUCACGAACGUAGACAAUUGAUGAAGAUAUUUUACCUAAUUUCACGCUAUCUCAAUGGUGCCCACGAAAUUGUGUCACGUUCACAUUUCAUUAGCGAAUUAUAUGCGAUUAUCUAUAAUCGGCAGAGCACACAUUUAACGGCUUGUAAGAUAUUACGUAACUUGACGGAGAAAACAGAGAUACUUUUAUAUCUCCUCAAUGAAACACCGUCUUUUCGUAAAUUGGCAAUUAUAUUUACCCACGAUCCAUGUGCGCCCUUUUAUCCGAAUCCGCUGUGGGAGCAUCUUUGUCAUUUCUUGGAGGUAGCGCCUGAAUUGGGCAUAAAUCUUGGUUUCUUUGAGUUAUUACACGAACGCAUAAAGUAUAAGACACUCUCGUAUCAUGAGCUUUGCAUGAAAUGUUUUGCCAUGCUUUUACGUUGCGAAGAGGGUCAAUUGCGUUUCGAUAAGAUUGAUGGUGUAAAAAUGCUGUAUGACAUAGUAGGGGAUGAGAAAAAUAAGUUGAACAACUAUGAGUAUGUAGUGCUCGCCUUGCAAAAUGGUCUAAUCAGCAAUCGCGCUUUGUGGCGUUCCCGUGAGUUUACCGAUCUACCCAAUCGUAUUAUCCUGUUAGCAAAGUGUGAGAAUAAAAAUUUGCAAUUGGAAUGCCUGGAGUGUCUUCGCCUUCUCUCUGCAAUGCAUUGUAUAAAAGCUUAUAUCCUGCAGAGUUGCAUAUCGGAUUUAAUGUCGAUCGAAUGCUUGAAUGAGCAAAAUGAGUGCACUCGUGAUACGCUGGUAGAAUGGUUGAAUCGUAGCAUUUGUGAUUCGAGCGAAAUGUGAUUGUCAAAUUGAGUACUUUGUAAUUUGUUUAAAUUUUUUUUAGUAUAAAAUAUAUUUGCCCAAAAAACGUCA